AAAUAAGCGGAAGCUGAUUCACAGACAGUAGUUAGCCAACAGAAGUCAUACUAAAUAAGUUUCAAUUUUAUUUAUAUUUCUUUUAAACCCAAGUCAGAUAUAAAUAUAAUAAAUGGUAUACCUAAUAAAUAGCCUAUAUGAUUUAGUUUUCAUGUAAAAUUUAAGUUUUUCUGUACCGGUUAAAAUAAAAAAGCGAGUCACCAUCGUCACCGAUUUAGUUUGUGAAUAAUGAAAAUUACAUUCGUAAGUCAGAAACUAUAAGUACUAUAAGUUAUAUCUAAGUCACAAUAAGACUUAAUAAGUGAAAUAAGUGAAAGUAAAGUGAACGGAUUGCGAAUGAUUUCAAUUCAAUAAUGAUUAUGACAUAUAUGAAUCAAUUAAUAGUUAAUAGUCAUAAACCAGUUAAUUACUCAAUAAGUGAAUGAUUAGUUCUGAUUAGCAUUGUCAUUGUUGUUUAAUGAACACUACUAGUACUAGUUCACUUACAAUACAAUGAGUUCAUCAGUAAAUAUGAAAUUAAGUUAAUUAAUGAUUAAUGUUUUGAAAGUGCGAGUUCCUUUGGUAUUUUCACAAUGGAAUGGACUGCACCUCCACAAUACCUGCCUUGUGACCCCAUUCCAUAAAUGUGAAGAUAGCACAGCGUUUGCCGCCACCUCUGAACUUAAUGCCUUAACUUAAACCUAACCUGAACCCUAAAUCUAACCCUAAACCUAACCUGAACCCUAAACUUAUCCCCAACUUGGCUUUUGACCCUAUCGGAACCAGGGACAAAACAUGCAAAUGACGUCAGGGUGCUAUCUCUUCACAUUAGCCCCCUAUUCUCCUGAAUUAAUCGCAGCUGAUAUGUGUCUACUGUCUUAGCAACAAAGAUGGUGGCCAAGUAAAAAAAAAAAAGAGUAGACAACAAUUAAACAUGGGUCUACAUCAUCAGAUUUAUCUGAAGUCUAAAGCACAAAGCCACUGCUUUUAACAUUAGCGCUAGUUAUAUUUUUAAUUCACUGAUGAAUGUCAUGACUUAAAAACUGGGACUGGAGGAUAUGAUUAUGUUUGUUAAAUUGUAUGUACAGCGUGGUGAGCCAGCCCUAGGCUGGGGUAGCACGCUCUGAGAAUUUCAGCAACAGAAUUUGAAGCAUAAUUGACUACAAACUUUUGACAAGCUAUUAGAGCUGCAUAAAAACUUACUGUAAUUAUGCUGUUUACAAACUUGAGCUCCUGUAGUUACUUAAUAUAUCUUCAUACAAUUGAAAAUUUUAAAAUACCUAUAAUUGAGGCACUUCUUCAUUGAGGGAUAAAACUUAUUAAAGAAAUAUAAUACAACAUUUUAAUAUGGGCCUAAUUUUAAAAAAAUUUUUUUAUUCCUUUUGAAAAGUUCAAUAAUGGAACAAACGCAUUACCGUUACCUAAAUAAUAUAUAACUUCUUUAUUUAUUCAUCAUGUGAAGAAGAUAAAUAUAAAUUCUUUUUUAACAUGGAUGGAAUUAGACGUCUUUUAAUAAAGCUGUUUACAGUGCACCUGUGUACACAUCAUUGUCAUCAUAUGAUAUGGUUGGGUCUAUAAUAGGUGGACUCAAUAGUCAAUAGUAGAAAGCAUACACCAUACCUGUCAAUUAUUGUCCACUUCCCUAAAAUUAAUCAAAUAAUACAUAUUAAACCAACAAGAAACAUAAUUGAUUGAAUCCAUACAUAAAAUUUAAGCUUAACAAACUUAUUAUUAAUUUAAUAGAACUGAAUUGUUUUGAACUUUUAAAUGGUACCGGUAAUCCAGUAUAACAAUAAAACUAUGGUCAUAGUUUUAUUAGUUAAAAGUUUAUAGAGAACUGUGUCAAUUUUGACCAAUAUUCCAUCUUUAUUUUGUAUUCCUUUGAAACCAGUACGGUAGUGUUAUAGCAACAAAAGAGUUCAACAUGAGACAAAUUGUGUGCCUCCUCCUUCUGGGCAUGCUGUUCUUCUUUUCUGUAUUAGCUGACGAUACAACCACAGAAGAUCACACAGAAACAAGUACAUCAGAUAGAACUUCAACUACAAAGUCUACUACACUGGCCCCGUCAACAACUUUCACUCCUGAAGCAGGUAAAUUAUAAAAAAAUGAACAACAGAGAUAUCCAAAAUAGAAAACUAAGUGGUAAAAGUUUGGCUAAUAAGACUGAAACAUCCCACACUCUGUUAUUAUAUGCUUCCAAUAUCAAAUGCAAGAAGAGGGAAUGAUAUUUAAUGCAAGAUUUCAUUAAGUGGUAAUGGAUUGAUAAUUUUUUUAGCAGGAAACAAUCGAGACAGAGACAUUUGUCUGCACCACAUCUCUGUCUUUGGACUGGACUGAUCCAUGUUUUUUUACUUCCACCGAGUCCAUGCACAGGCAAUUAAAAAUCCAUUUUAGAUAGCAAAUAAAAAUGUAUUGCCAAUGUAUCUUUAAGUUAGUUUAAUUAAUGUUAAGAAACAUUUGAUAAAACCAGUGAUAAUUUUGACUUGAGGUCAGAGCUGGUGCCCUAAGACUUUAAAAUUGUAAUGCUGCUGUUUUCAUAUUCCCUAUUUGAAAUGGGAUCAGUGACUUUAAAACAUCGAUGACAUUGAAAUAAUUUAUUCAACUAAAUGUUUCAUCCAUAAUGUGCCCCAUCUUGUCUAUCCUUAAAUGCCAUGCUCCUGAAGUGUCAAAAUUGAGCCAAAGCCAUUUCUAGACUACAGUUUGUUAUUUGUGCCAUUGCCAUGUAUUUAUUCAUUACAGUUAUUUAUUUUUAACUGAAUUUAAUGAGAUUUAUAUUUUUUUUUCUUAUUUAUGUACUUUCAGAAUGUGGAAAGCACAAUGGGUCAUGUGACAAUUGUGUAAAGAAUGCUAAGGUACAAAACUACAUACAAUUUAGAAUUAUAUUUACUGAAUGCACUAUUUUUUUUUUAUCAAUAGUGUUACAUACUGUUUUUAACAAAAUUUAGUUUGGAGCCAUAAUUUUGUGAUUUUUAUGAAAUGGCUUUUUUCUAUGGUCUAUGGACCAUCUCUUCUUCUUAUAAAUAUUAAUCCGUUGAGUAAUGGCCGCAUCUUUUUGCAGUGACCUACUUUUUUCCUUGUGGCCCAAGCGCAUCUAUUUGCCAAAUAUUGGGGUAUGUUACAGAGAGCUUGUUUACACAAUAUUUCUCGUACGUGCCCUCUGAUUGACCCCGCAUGAGACGCUGUGUUCACAAAGGGGUGUGGCUUAGGUCUUUGAUGUAUUUCUUGUUUACACCGCCAGCCACUGAAAAUAAUUAAUCUGUUCCAAAUAGUAUUUGGUAGAAUGAUUGGGAUUUUUCUCGAAAUGUCUCGAAGGCAGGGCUUGGGCGUCGGUAGACCCACCUAUAUAAGGGAUUGACAGGCACGGACGGAGAUUUCAUAUAGAUUCUCUUAACAUUACGAGGCGUGUUUUAUUCUUUUGUGUAUUUGUGUGCUCCUACUUAUAUGUGUUUAUUUCGCCUUAUUUAUUGGCAUCAUUAUUUCUAAUUGUAUUAACUGUGUACCGGUACGACAUCUGCCAUACUGUAAGUUGAAGAUUGUAAUUUUAUUUUAUUUUAUUUUGUAAUUAUCUUAAGACAUAAUAAAUCUUAAUUAAUUGUAACUAGAAACUGUUUUGGGUCGUAUCUUUAAUAUUGUUGAUUAUAUGGUAUCGUCCUUUGUUAGGCACUGUUUACAACGAGCCAAUUAAAAUUAAAAUAGGAGAUUAAUUUCUCCCAAUACAAGUCAGUGCGUAACAAAUUGGGUUGCUCGUCCCGGAUAUAGCGGACUCUAUAUUAUUAUUUUUCUCAAGACCCCAAUUCUAACAAAUUGGGGGCAUCGUCCGCGAUAACCGAAUCCAUAUUUUAUUCUCAUUAGACCCCAAUUUUAACAAAUUGUGGGCUUUUCCGAGGAUAAUUUUAAUCCAUAAUUUUUAUUACACCAAUAAUAAAUUGAGUGUUUUUCUGUGGAUUUUGACCCACUGUUUACUUUUAUAUACUCAGAUUAAUUUUGAGUACACGAUACCAUUUUACGACACCAACAACAGAGCUGGUUACAAUUUUUUUCAUUAGUGUGUGCACUAAGCUUAAAUUUUUAUAAAAAUCAUUGUUAUAUUUUGCCUGUGUCAAAAUGGAUUUUGAUAUUGAAAACCCAUCAGUAGAGGCAUUAGACAAAUGUUCUAGGAAGGAGCUAUUUUCCAUUGCUAAAGCUCUAGAAAUAAAUGUAGCUCAUUCGGCCGUAAAAAAGACCAUACGAGACAUGAUCAUCGUUCACUUUGUGGAUGAAGACAUGUUAUCUGAAGAUGAACUGGCCUCAGUCACACAACCGACUGAUCCUAGUAUGGAGCUCCAACUAAAGCUCAAACAAAUGGAACUAGAUGCCCAGAGAGAAAAAGAACGUGAGCUUAAACAGCUGGAGCUAGAUAAAGAACGUGAGCUUAAACAGCUGGAGCUAGAUAAAGAACGUGAGCUUAAACAGCUGGAGUUGGAAGCACAGAAAGAGCUACAAAUCAAAUUAAAAGAAAUGGAAAUAACAGCCAAUUUGGGAGCAAUGGAAAAUAGACUCACGGCUCCAGCCAGUCAAGGUUGCGAUGCAAUUAAAUUUGCAAAAGUAAUCCCUAAAUUUUCAGAAAAAGAGGUUGACCAAUAUUUUGCGCAGUUUGAGAUAACUGCCCAAAAUUUUAAAAUUCCUGAAACUAUGUGGUCCACCUUACUUCAACCAGCCUUGACCGGAAGGGCAUCUGAAGUCUUUGUGUCCCUGAAUGCGGAACAGCGCGGGGACUAUAACCUAGUAAAAUCAUUAAUACUUAAGGCUUAUGAAUGUGUCCCCGAAGCAUACCGUAAAAAGUUUAGGGAACUGUGGAAACGUGAUAGCCAGACUCAUGUUGAGUUCCUCCGGGAAAAGGAAAGGCUCCUGGACAAGUGGCUGCACGCAACCAACACCGAGACAGACUUCAAGAAAUUCAAGAAUCUCAUUCUGAUGGAGGAGUUCAAGAACUGUGUUCGUACUGAAGUGCGAAUACAUAUUGCAGACCGUGGCGAAGGUGACGCACAUACGGCAGCAGUGUUAGCCGACGACUUCACCAUCUUCACCUUUCCAAGAAUCCAUCUGACACCAAAAAUGACAGGCACAAUAAGACAGCUGUAUCAACUUACAGUAAACCUCCACAAAAACCAUUCAAGCCCGGUACGAAAGAAAUUGGUGCAAAAGACAGAUGUGCCUACUGUAAAAAAGAAGGACAUACGAGGGAUGAUUGCUGGAAACUCAAGAAGAAAACUGAGAAGACCACACAUCCUGGUACACAACACAAAGUCUCCGCUUGUACGUCUCGUUAUACAUCUGGAAACACAUUUUCAAAAUUCAAGAGUUUUUGCUCUCCAGAUGUCCAUACAAACUUCAAAGAGGUUUGUCACGACUCAUCAAAGAGUUUCAAAAGGAACAAUAAGGCUAGUUUUACUGACUCCAGCCAAGUUCCUGCUUCGACUGCGAGUUUUAUGAGCUUGUCGCCAAGAUCCUUUUGCUCCAAGAAGAGGUCUACCUCCAGAGGGCGUUUUACUGAGGACUUGUGUGCAAGUUUUGACGACUCUACCCAGAGUUUUACUUCCUCUACCCUAGCCGAAUGUUCUCAAGACUCCAACAAGAGUUUACCUACCAAGGUCCAAAAUUCUACAUCAGAAACUACUGAUGUCAUACAAGACUUCAUGCCUUUCAUAUCGGAAGGAUUCGUAUCACUGCCAGGUGAUUUUUCCAGUCUACAACCAAUCAAAAUCUUACGAGAUACAGGUGCUUCACAGUCCUUGCUACUUGAGGGUAUACUUCCCUUAUCUGAAUCUACUGCUACUGGGAGCAACAUCCUGUUACGAGGUGUAGAGCUGGGAUGCAUAGAUGUACCUUUACAUCUCAUCAACCUAAAAUCAGACUUAGUCUCCGGACCUGUGGUUGUGGGUGUCCGACCAACAUUACCAUUGGACGGCAUCUCGUUGCUGCUAGGCAAUGACUUAGCUGGUGGGAAGGUGAUAGCCGAGCCCAUCGUUACUCAUGAACCUUGUUUAAAUGAAAAUCAGGAAGAAGAUCAAGAAUUGUAUCCAGCAUGUGCUGUGACAAGGGCCAUGAGUUCCAAGAUCUCCACAAAAGAGAUUUCACAAAAAAGCAAUAAAAUUCUUCCUGAAAUUGACCUGGGAAAAACAUUUUUUGCAAGUCUAAAUGAAGAGGCUAGUAAUUACAAGACUCCAACUCGAAUGCAACUUAUUGAAGAACAGAAGAGUGAUCCAGAAAUAGUCAAACUUCGAGAGAACGCUUUGACCCAAGAAGAAGCUGAACAAUUCCCUAUAUGUUAUUACCUUCAAGAUGACAUACUUUUGAGAAAAUGGCGACCUCCAGACGCAAAUGCUGACGAAGAAUGGAGGAUAGUUCAUCAAAUAGUAGUUCCUACCCCAUUCCGGAACGAAGUCCUGAACUUAGCCCAUGACUCACCACUUUCAGGGCAUUUGGGAGUAAAGAAGACAUAUCACAAAAUCACGUCGCACUUCUUUUGGCCCAAAAUCAAGAAAGAUGUGGUUGAAUACUGCAGAUCAUGUCAUACUUGUCAGGUUGUAGGGAAACCAAAUCAGAAGAUACCAGCAGCUCCUCUUCAACCCAUUCCAGCAUUCGAAGAACCUUUCAGUCGCGUUAUUAUAGACUGCGUUGGACCUCUGCCAAAGACAAAAUCAGGUCACCAAUACUUGCUGACAAUCAUGUGUGCGUCAACAAGAUUCCCAGAAGCUAUUCCUCUUCGCAAUAUCAAGACUCCGAACAUCGUCAAAGCCUUGACGAAGUUUUUUACAUUGUUUGGUCUUCCGAAGUCUGUACAGUCUGACCAAGGAACCAACUUCAAGGCUGGAAUAUUCAAACAAGUGAUGAACCAGUUGGGCAUAGAACACUGCUUGUCGAGUGCAUAUCAUCCUGAGUCACAGGGAGCACUUGAGCGAUUCCAUCAGACGUUGAAGAACAUGAUGAGAACCUACUGCCUAGAACAAGAGAAAGACUGGGAUGAAGGCAUCAACAUGCUACUGUUCGCCGCAAGAGAAGCAGUUCAAGAAUCACUUGGAUUCAGCCCCUUCGAACUGGUGUUUGGCCACACGGUUCGCGGUCCCCUUAAACUUUUAAAAGACACGUGGAUGUCAUCGACACCCACGGAAGGACUUCUUGACUAUGUCCAAAAAUUUAAAACUAAACUUUUUAAUGCCGUUAAUUUGGCUAAAACACAUUUAAAAGAUUCACAAUCUAAAAUGAAAGUUUGGUAUGACAAAAAGUCAAAAUUCAGACAGUUUGCUUCAGGGGACAAAGUGCUUGUGCUUUUGCCGAUACCAGGGCAAGCACUACAAGCUAGAUAUUUUGGUCCUUAUGUUGUUGAGUCCAAAAUCAAUGAUUUAAAUUACAUUGUGUUAACACCAGAUCGUAAAAGAAAGAAACAGUUAUGUCACAUUAACAUGUUAAAAGAAUAUUUUGAUAGAAAAUGUGAUGAUCAUUGUCCAUCCUCAGAAACAAAUGUUAACACAAUCUCAACUGUAACUUCAGUACUUAAAGAAAAUGUUACUGAAACCUUUGAUAGUGUCCCAGAAAAAGUUGGUAAUUAUAAACUUAAAAAUUCAGAAAUAUUGGCCAACUUAGAUAAGAAACUAGGACAUUUGUCAUUGUCAGAGAAGGAUGUUGUUAAGUCUGUUAUUGCAGAUUUUGUUUUACUCUUCCCUGAUGUACCUAAUAAAACCAACAUUGCUGUACAUGAUGUUGACAUUGGCAAUGCAGUUCCGGUCAAGCAACACCCCUAUAGGGUCAAUCCGGAAAAACUUGAAAUAAUCCGGUCUGAAAUAAAAUACAUGCUUGAAAAUGAUAUAAUUGAACCAAGCUCUAGUAACUGGAGUUCACCAUGUAUUUUAGUCCCAAAGCCUGACAAAAGUUACAGGUUUUGUACUGACUUCAGGAAAGUGAAUGCAUUCACAAAGACUGAUUCCUUUCCGAUUCCAAGGAUAGACGAUCUUAUAGAUCGAAUAGGUGAUGCCAAAUAUGUAACCAAGAUAGACUUACUAUCAGGUUAUUGGCAGGUUCCUCUAUCUGACAGAGCAAAAGAAAUCUCUGCUUUUUGUACUCCAGAUGGUUUAUAUCAAUAUAAAGUAAUGCCGUUUGGAAUGAAAAAUGCCCCAGCUACAUUCCAACGUCUUGUAAAUAACAUUAUUGCUGACCAGGAAAAUUGCAGCGCCUAUAUUGAUGAUGUAAUUAUUUACAGUCAAGAUUUUUCAUCUCAUGUAAACCAAUUAAGAUCUCUGUUUAAAAAAUUUUUGCAGGCAAAUGUAACUGUAAAUUUAAAUAAAUGUGAAUUUUGUCAUGCAACUGUGGAAUAUUUAGGUCACAUAGUGGGUCAAGGUCAUGUAAAGCCUGUUCAAGCUAAGAUAAAUGCUAUUGUAUCACUUCCACCACCCACUACUAGAAAACAGUUAAUGAGAUUUUUGGGAAUGGCAGGUUAUUAUAGAAAAUUUUGCAAAAAUUUCUCAGUUAUUGCUUCUCCUUUAAGUAAUAUGUUAAAGAAAAAUGCAAAAUUUCAUUGGUCAGAUGCUUGUCAGGAAGCAUUCGAAAACAUUAAAAAUAUACUUGCUAAUGCUCCUGUUCUCAUUGCACCAGACUUUAACAAACAGUUUAAAUUAGCUGUAGAUGCCAGUGAUGUUGGCAUUGGUGCAGUUCUUUUUCAAGAAGAUGACCACAAUGUAGAUCAUCCUGUCUCUUAUUUCUCAAAGAAAUUUAACUCACAUCAGAAAAACUAUUCCACUGUAGAAAAAGAAUGUUUAGGUUUAAUUCUUGCUCUCCAACAAUUUGAUUUUUAUGUCAGUUGUUCUUUACAUUCAGUACUUGUUUUUACUGAUCACAAUCCUUUAACAUUUUUGAAUAAGAUGGUCUCCAAAAAUCAAAGAUUGUUAAGAUGGAGCCUAUUUUUACAAGAAUAUAAUUUGGACAUCAAACAUAUUAAAGGCAAAGACAAUGUCAUUGCAGAUACUUUGUCCAGAAAUUAAUUUUCACUUAUGUUAUUGUUUAUAAGCUGUUAAGAAGUUUUUGUCUAAUAUUUUGAGAGUAAGAAAUGUAUUUUCUUCAAUUUUAAUGGAAAAAGAAUUCCAUUUUUUUUGAAAAAUGAAUUUUUUUUCUUUUAAGAGGGGAGGUGUUACAGAGAGCUUGUUUACACAAUAUUUCUCGUGCGUGCCCUCUGAUUGACCCCGCAUGAGACGCUGUGUUCACAAAGGGGUGUGGCUUAGGUCUUUGAUGUAUUUCUUGUUUACACCGCCAGCCACUGAAAAUAAUUAAUCUGUUCCAAAUAGUAUUUGGUAGAAUGAUUGGGAUUUUUCUCGAAAUGUCUCGAAGGCAGGGCUUGGGCGUCGGUAGACCCACCUAUAUAAGGGAUUGACAGGCACGGACGACGGACGGAGAUUUCAUAUAGAUUCUCUUAACAUUACGAGGCGUGUUUUAUUCUUUUGUGUAUUUGUGUGCUCCUACUUAUAUGUGUUUAUUUCGCCUUAUUUAUUGGCAUCAUUAUUUCUAAUUGUAUUAACUGUGUACCGGUACGACAUCUGCCAUACUGUAAGUUGAAGAUUGUAAUUUUAUUUUAUUUUAUUUUGUAAUUAUCUUAAGACAUAAUAAAUCGUAAUUAAUUGUGACUAGAAACUGUUUUGGGUCGUAUCCUUAAUAUUGUUGAUUAUAUGGUAUCGUCCUUUGUUAGGCACUGUUUACAACGAGCCAAUGAAAAUUAAAAUAGGAGAUUAAUUUCUCCCAAUACAAGUCAGUGCGUAACAAAUUGGGUUGCUCGUCCCGGAUAUAGCGGACUCCAUAUUAUUAUUUUUCUCAAGACCCCAAUUCUAACAAAUUGUCAAUGAAAAGUGUGAACAAAACAAAUUAGUAUUUUUAACACCCUUAUCCAUUUCUGAACAGAUUAUUCUCUACAUGUUAUUAUUAAUUGCUUAAAACAAAAAAGUUACAAAAUAAUAUGCAAACCUAUCAAAUUUUGGCUCAUUCCAAAGUAAUUUCUGGACCACAGGAAAUGAUAAGUAAAAUAAUAGCCUGUACUGAGGUUAUACACAGCAAAAAAAGUAGGUCAGUAAACACCACCCCCCACCCCCACGAUGCUACUAAUUCCUAUUUACAAAGUACUGAAAUAUGCAAUUUAAAAUGAAAACAUUGCACAAUUGAAAGUGACAGAUUAUCAUGGUUGUUCAAGGAGAGAUGUGUAAUAUGUUGUGGAAAGACAAUAAAUAAGGAAAGAUUUAAAUUAAUUUAAUCAUUUUUCAAGAGUCAACCCACACAUAAUCAUUGUGUGAUAUCACAUUACACUGCACCCAUUCCCAAAAUACAAGUUUUUAAAUGCUUGAGUCCUCAACUUCCUCACUGCAUAAUGUCACUAGUGGGAAAAAAACUAUUACCAAUUUUAAGGGUCUGUUAAAGUUUCAUCUAUAACUACAAUAAAUGGAGUAUUGUUUCAUAACUAAAGAAAUGUCCCCUAGUUUUAGAUUUUUUUGUAAAAUUUAACUUAUCUGCUAAGUUUGCCUCCAUUUUACAAUCUUUAACAACCAAGAUAGGCUAGUUUUAUCUCUUUUGGAAGAUUUUUUUUUGGCCUGGUCAGCUUCCAAACUUUUUUAUCCGACAGGUGGGGGAGCUUUUCUCCUCCCCUCACUGGGCUAACUCCAUUCCAGCCAGGGAUUGACCCCCUGAUGAAUCUGAUCCUAUUAUCUCUUGGUUAUGAGUCAGUCAGCUCAUAUUUGAUUUGAUUACCUUUCAUGUCCACUAUUUGAUGUACCAUUCUUUUAAUAUCCCCAGUGCUUGUACUGUUACAGUGAUGACAAAUGUAUGCUAUACCCUGCAGGGAAAGUUUUGCCCCCUUCAUCCUACUGUUCACUUGAUAAAGCCAGAUGGGGGGUAUGUUGGGGUGAGUACUUGUUUUUAAGAAUAAAUGACCCAUGCAACUAGCUUAACUGUUGGUAGGAUUCAUGAGUGAGGUGGUUGAGAUUAAUUAUGGUUUAUAGAUAGGUUAAUUAAAGAUUAGUUAGUCAAGGAUUUCCUACAUAGAAAUGUGCCAACAGCUUAUUAAGUACUUCUGUGGUACUUGCAUGUUUGCAAAGUUAAAAAUGUUGGUGUACCAGAAACUUCCUGCAGAUGUUAAAACUAGUGAACUAGAUUAGAUUUUAAGUAUGACAAUUGCACUUGAAUAUGGGGCUAACAGGUGUAUUUGUGUGAUUUUUACUUAUUAAUUGAUCAGCUUUCUGCUAAGUCUAGGUUUUGUCUGGUUUUGAAUUGGUCUUGUCUGGACUUGUAUUUUUUCAUGUGGUGUGGUACUUUAACUUUAAUACAUCUGCUAAGAAAUUAUAUUAUAUUCUAGUAAACUUUGAGGCUUUGAUCAUUGCUAUGAGUGUUAUUGGAGGUUUGAUUAUCAUCACCAUUGCAUCUUGCUGUAUCUACUGCUGCUGCUGCCGAGGAAAUAACAAAAAGAAGUAAGUAAUGGAAUGCAAAUUUUACAGGAAAUACACUUUCGCAAACAAUUAUGAAACAGGCAUGAUCACAUGAUAGUGUAAAUGUUUUUCUUAAUAUUAAUAGACAGUUAAACAAAUAUGUCAACAUUCACAUAUUUCAUAUUGAAUUUUUUAUUGAUCUUAAAAAAAAUUUGAUAUAAAAUUUCAUUUUAACUUAUGAUAAUGAUUGUGCCAAAACUAACGGAGACAUAUUUUCAAAUCUAAAAUCUUGAUCCAUGCAAAAUAGCUAUUCCCUAUAAAUAGAUGCUAUAGUCCUUACCCAUUAUUUGAACAAUUUUUGACAUAAACCACUGAAUGCUUUGAUUGGUUCAGAUUUGACAAGGAUGAUGCCAAAUUUGAGUCACAGAAAAUGGAGAGAAAAGUGAAACAGGAUGAAAGAAGAUCAGAGAGGAAAGGGCGCCUUGAUGAAAUCAGAAGGAAAUAUGGUAAGACUAUAUGGGGAUAUUUAAAAUUCCCUCAAAUUGAAAUGUUGCCUGUUUAGUCAUGUCUUCAGUUUACCUAACAUUAAAAUUCAUUUUCUUUAUCAUACUUUAUGGUUUCUUUUCAAAAUUUGUUUCCCUUAAUAAAUUACUUUCAAUUAUUCUCCAAACUUAGGACUUGUAAAGGAUGAUGCCCCAUACCAGCGUUUUGAUGCAUAAACAUUCCAGGGUUUGUCUUGCUACACUGUCUGGGACAUAUAAGUAAAUGUCAUAGGCAUGUGAAAUUUAAAUAUUUAUAUAUAUAUAUAUACACAUAUUUCUUUACUGAUUCUUUUCAAAGGUAAUUUGACAUUUUUAAUCUGAUUCAGCUAAUAAAACAGAUUUUUUUUUUUGUUAAAUCAUAAACUUAUUAACAUUAUUAUCAUCUUUCACUUUUGAACUGAAAGAAUAAAGUUACUGUUUAUUUUUGAUUACUUGGAGAAAGAUUUUUAAUGAUGUAAUAUGAACUGCUUUUCUGCUUGGUUUAAAAAAAAAAAUUUCUUCAACAACUGUGAAAAGGAAAAUAUAAAGUGGACCCCACUGCCUUGAAAAUAGAUCAAUCAAAAUUCUGUUUGCAGGAUACCUUCCAUCGCUAUUGUUCAGUUCCUUUGAGGUUUACUUAAUUAAACUGUUUUAAAAGAUUUGUUGAUGCUCCAAACACUUUUUGGCAGUGUAUAGAAAUUGAGCUGCUUUGGACUCCACUGUAAAUGUUUGUUGUAUUUUACUAUACUAAUAACCAAAGUGCUUGUCCUUGGACAAGUCAAGAGUAUAUAUCUUCAUGUUAAUAUUUGCUUGCAAUGGAUGAUUAAAAAAAUGUCUCAAAUGGAUGCUACUUUUUACCUUAUUCUUUACUAAUAAUUGAAUUAUAUUUAAAAGCUGCUUAUUGUUGCUAUUCAAAAAUUGCAAUCACCUUAAAUCGCACAACAGACAUAUUUUCAGCUCAGCAUUUAUUAAAGUGUGUAUUUUAAUCCUUAGCUCUUUUUGUAAUACAAAAAAUACUUGAAAGAAGACAACUUAUGUAAAAUAAAGUUUCAACAUGGAUUGACUUUUGAUAUUUUGGAGGACCUUCAGGUGUUUCUUUUUUCCUUUAUUGUAAUCAGCUGUGCCUUACGUAGAUAAAUCUUAGGUACCGUAAUAUCAUACAGAGUUUUAAAAUAUAUAUAUAUUUUAUAUGUCUCAAUGAUUUUACCAGAGUAUCAAGUAAAAAAAUGUAUAUUUUGAGUUUAUGCUAGAGAAAAAGUGUUGGAUCUCUAGUCUUAUUUAUUAAUUUAUUAGUUUAUCGUUAGCUGACACUGACAUAACCAUUAUUCUAGAAAAACUAUCACUGGUACCCUAGCAUCAGUUUAGUUCAUAUUACAAUGCAAUCCCUCCAGAUCAGUACAUUAUUUGACAUACUUCCAAUCUAAUUCAGUACAAUUAAACAAUGUUUGAUAAAAGUUCAAUCAGUUAUCCUGUCUAAUGUGUAAGCAAUGACAUUCCUUUAAUCAGCAAUAUAUCCAAGUGUUUUUAAAUUCUGAAUUUGUUUUGAUUUUUUUUUUUUCAUUUAAUAAUAUUUCUGUAGUUAAAUCCCUGAUACUUUGAAUGAGUUAAAUAAAAAUUUAAAAAAUUCAUCAUGAAUUAAGAGUUAAAAUUCUUCAUUUAUUCUCUAUAAGCAGAAACUGAAAAUUGCAUUAAUCUUAUUUUUUUAAACCAAAUCUUUUGAUGCAUUGUUACUGCAAGCACUAUUCUGUUUUUACAUACAUGAACUGAUAACUCACAAUUAUUGAUACCGGGUAUAAAAAAAAUGCAUUCAACGUUUUUAUGAUUUGAUUAAUUUUUUAAUUAUUUUUUAAACGCGAUAGAAGGUGAAUUUCAUUGUAAAUAUAAUCAUGUCUAAAGUUUCAGGGUUAGUAGAUAAACGGGGUUACCCAAUCAUAUUUUUUAAAAAAAUUUUGUCAUGCUAUCUCAAUAUUUUUUAACAAAAGUGUUGAUCUUGUUACCGGUAUUCCAAAUAGCCUGAGUUUCUUCAUGAAUGUUGAUACAAAAAUAUAACACAUAUAAAACUUUUGAACAUUUAGGCUCACAUUCAGUAUUGAUCCAAUGUGCACAAUUUUUUUUAAAGGAAGCUGUUUAUUGAUGUUUUAUAUUUUGUUGCUCAGUAGGCUGUAGCUGGACCCUUGGACUGUUUGGUUGGCAUGGCCACUCUUACUUUUAUCACAUUUUUGUGUGUAUGUGUCAGAUUUUCAUGUAAUUGGGUAAAAGCUUGAGGAAAUGAAGUCUUGGCUAUAUAUUAUCAUAAUACUAAUACUCAUUGCUUCUACUUCUAUAUAUUCCAUAAUGAGACAUCAAAUUUCUGUAUUCAUACACAAUAUAAAAUUAUCAAAUAUUUACAAAUAAUUUGUCUUUCACUUUUAAAAAAAAAUUUAAAUUUGACAACAGUUGUUUAGGCAUCACCAUUCAUGUUGCAUUCAACCUUCCAUAAAGUUCCUUUCAUAUCUAAGUUUUAAUCAGUCACAUGUUCAAGGAAAAUAUUUCACAUAUUUCAUAUGGUUGAGCUAAUAUUUCAGUACUUGGUUAAAAUUAUUUUCUGAAAAUUAAAAAGAAAAAUCUCAUAAUCGAGAUUGAAAAAAAAUUCAAUGACCAAUCGAAAAUGAAUUGGUUUAGUUUUAAAUGUGUUUCUUCUGUAACUGCAUUUAGAAAAUGCUUUCCUUUUAAUGAUUUAUUGUAAUUGCAACUGUAAUAAAAAAAAAAAUUGAUGUAAAUUUAUUUAAUGUUAAUGAUAAACCUGUAAGUGAAUAGUUGUAAUGGUAAAGAAUUGAAAUUUGUGUAAUUAUAAUUUUAUUAUUUUUUAAUGAUGGUUGACAUCAAAUUUGUUAACACAGAAAUAAUGAAUUUUAUUAAUUUUUGGAUUCUUAAUUAAAAGAAAAAAAAUGCAGCUAACUCUUGAUUAAUCAACAAUGAAAAAUGCUUAUGAUCAAAUGUAGAAAUGUAUCACCAGUUAAUGUGAACACUGCUGGUUGAUCUAAUGUAACCUGCAAUUAAAUACAUUAAAAUAAAAGGGAAUUGAUUAAGACAUUCUUUCCAAAUAUGACAGUUAUUGACCAUGAUUUAUGUGUGAUUGUUGAACAUGAUUAUUGUAAUGUUGAUAUAUGAUUAUUUUUUUUACAGAUUCAUGAUAAAUAUUAUUGUCCAUGUAAUUUGCCUUUUUUUUUUUUUUUUUUUU